AUGGCAGAGGUGGAGGCUAUCUAUGUGCCCAAUAGCAUUUGCUCCUACUUGCUGAUCUACCGGAAGCCAACGUCAAAGGUCCCACCAACCAACGGCGGAGAGUACCUUCCUCCAGCUCCACCUGAACAUCCCGGAAGCCGUCCGGCGAGGGAAGAGGGCCACGAGCAGGAGAGAAAACUGUCUGGAUUGAAGACCUCAGUGGCUGACGGCGAGGGGAAGGCAGCUCUGGGAAUGGUCCAGGCAGCGGGAACAGGUAGACACUGCGUGACACUUGUUUUGCACCAGGAGGACCAGACCCUAGGAAAUGCUCUUCGCUACAUGAUCAUGAAGAACCCAGAAGUGGAAUUUUGUGGUUACACUACAACCCAUCCUUCAGAGAGUAAAAUUAAUUUACGAAUUCAGACUCGCGGUGCUCUUCCAGCUGUUGAGCCAUUUCAGAGAGGCCUGAAUGAGCUCAUGAGUGUCUGCCAACAUGUGCUUGACAAGUUCGAGGACAGCAUAAAGGAAUAUAAGGACCAAAAAGCAAGCAGAAAUGAAUCCACAUUCUAG